UAUAAUGCUAUAAUUAUAGGAAACAUAUGAGGAAGUGAAAUUAUCAGAGGAGAAAAUUCCUUUUCAAAGAACUCCUUUUGAACAUUUUCAUUGUUUCUUCAAAGCAAUUUAUACUGCUAAAAAGGAAACAGGGAGAAGAGAAGAAAUAGAAUGAAAUAGAAUCAUAGUAGCAGAAGGAAAAGAUGCUUCAUAUUUGAUUCACAUUUUCUCUGUUUAUUGUGAGAUGACAGAUACUAAAAAGGAGGUUAGCCUAGAUUAAAAAUCACUACCUGGGACAGUUACAGAGAAAGAUAAAGCUGCAACAUAGGGGACCACUUCAGCAUUAAGUCUCUUUGCCACUGCAUGACAGGAAAUGGGGUAUUUUAGUCAUUAUUUUAGCAGUGUCUUUUUUUUAGUGGAGGCGCCAUACUCUUUUUAAGGGUUUUAAUCCACAUUUAUUAGAUGCUUAAUUCAUGUUUUAUCAAGGUGAAGUGGAGUGAAGUGGAUUUUAGUUCUUCAUCUGAGAACCAAUCAAAUGUAAGCACAUUAAUUGCACCUUCCACCAGGCUCCAGUCUUUCCUGCCAUUUCUAGCAGUCACACAUAAUAUACCAUUCAUACACAACCAUGCAUGUAAAUGCAUCAGCUUUGUGCUUAUGUUGCAUUAUAAAUCAUACACAAAAUUAAAUUGAUCCAGAAUGAAAGCCAGAAUCAAGUACACUGUAUUUCUUACAAGCAGAGGAAUUGAACCAUUUAAAAAUUAUUCUGUUCUGUGUUUAGUUAUUACUUUUCUCUAGGAUCUGUGUCCUUGCUUCAUUCUUAAAAAAGCUCUUUCCUCCAAAAUCUCCUUUAGGAUCAAGCAGCUCUGGGCCACCAGCCACUACCCAGAAAGUGAAGCCUAUGACAAGGGCUUUCACCACCCGCAAGGGCCCUCUCUACCACAACUGCCAGCUUAGGGCUCCUGAUGAUCAACCCCUGUGUGUUUGUGACCCUAAGAAGGCAUGGUGGUAUGUGGAAAAGGGCCUUGGGGUUGUGGCCUCUGAAGAGCCCCUGGUGGUGAGGCUGACCUUUGAGCCCUCAGGCCGACCACAGGUGGAGAGGGAAGAUGGCAGGUUCUAUCUUCAGGAGCGACACAAUAUCUGUGUGACAUGUGGCAAGGACCAGUCAUAUAUUAGGAAGAAUGUUGUUCCUCAUGAAUACAGGAAGUACUUCCCUGACAUCUUGAAGGACCACCAGAGUCAUGAUGUAGUGCUCUUGUGCAUUGAGUGCCACAAGAUUAGCAACCUGCAUGAUCAAUCUUUCCGACACCAGUUAGCGAGAGAAUUUAGUGCUCCUAUUGGAACAGAACAAGAUGUCAAAGUCAGUAUUGACAAGUCCCGGAAAAUAGUAAGGAAUGCAGCUUCAGCAUUACUAAAUAACAAAGAAAACAUACCUGAUAACCGGAUUGCUGUUUUAGAAAAAAUAGUCAAAGAUUAUUUCAAUAUAGAAGAAUUGGAUGAUAAUUUUUUGAAAGACGUAGUUAAGAUAGACAUCAAGAUUUGGAAUGAUGACUACCAGUCACAUGGACACAAGGUCUAUGAAGGUUACGAGAAAAUUGGUGUGAUGAAGUUAGAGCAGAGAUGGCGGGAGCACUUUCUGUCCUCAAUGAAGCCACAGCAUAUGCCAGAGGGCUGGUCUGUCACACAUAACUUCUUCAAGAUGCAGCUCAAAGCAAGUCACUUCCCACCAGAUCACCCAGAACGCAUGAAAUACAAGAUUGCACUUGUUGGCACAGAAGGGGAACUUGAUAUCCCAUACAGUCCUCCAGUGAAAAGGGAAAACUCACCCUCAAGCUCAACUGAAUCACAAAGCAGAGAGACUACACCUGAGGGGAUGUUUGUCUUAUCUGCUCUAUCCUCAACCAAUGAGACCCUUUGUGUUAAGGGAGGAUGCUGAGCUUCCUAAUGUGGAGUUUCAUAAUUGCGAUAUUUCUCUUUACUUGUUUCAAGAUCGUCUAUCACCAUUUUGGAUGGAGCAAAUGAAAGUGGACAGACUGCUUCUAGUGUGAAACUGAAGUCAGCCUACCAACCACAGGUGACGCGCAGGAGCCCACUCUAUUACUACAGCCAGAUGAGAGCCCCU